UUUAAUAAAUCGGACCGAUCACUGCUUCAAAGGAAGCCGCCUACUGUUUCGAACAUUUGAGCGCUACUUAUCAGUUACCAGAUGUUUAGUCCGCCGUUACUACCAUUAACCCGAUCCAUACGCGGAAACAAACCCUAGCCUCCCAUCUGAUCCCAAAGCGCCGAGCGAUGGAGGAACGGGACCCGUGGCUCGCCGUCGACAAAUUCGAACAUGUAUUCGCCUGUUUCUUCAUCAGCGUCCUCGUCGCCGCCCUCGCCAGCCGGAGCCACCGCCCAUUCAUCCGUCGGCGGAGCGUUGCGCUGGGCUCCAUCACAGCCCUCGCCGCCGGCGCCGCCAAGGAAGCCUGCGACGAGAUCGGCCUGUGGAAAUCUGCCGGCGGAUCAGUCCGUGACGCCGCCGCCGAUGCCCUCGGCGUCGCCCUUGCUGUCGCUGUUCUCGCCGCCGCCAAGUGUAUCAAGAAAUCCGGCCAACGCCGACGCGGUUUGGAACGGGAUCAGGAAGAGCUUUCCAUGGUUUAGGGUCUAUUGUUCUGUUCAAAAUGUGUUUGCUAUUACAAAAAUAUUAGCUGUCUAGGACUAGCAGCCACACAAAUAGUCAGGUCUAAUUUGAAAAUUUUACGAAACAGAAAAAAUUAUAGUGCGAGUCGUUAAACAGUUUUAUUUUUUGGCAAGUGUUUUUUAUUCCUCAAAAUUCAUAUUAAAAUUUCAAAUUUUAUGUUAAGCCCUAAAUUAUUCGUAGGCACGCGAACUAAAAAGA